UUUAAAAUGGUUUCUACUUGGGUAAGAGGCAAGUGCAUAGGCAAGGGCGCGUUUGGUACCGUCAGCGUCGCGCUUCGAAAGCUUGACGCCCAAACGCAAAUUUUCGCGGUGAAGUCUGUGGAUAUUAAAACGGGUCUCCCGGGUCAGCUCGAAGCGUUGGAGAACGAAAUUCGGAUCCUCCGACGCAUGUCCUCGCCGCACGUGGUAACCUUUCUCGGCGAAGACACCACAUGCGAGAAGCGGAACCUUCACAUGGAGUACAUGCCAUGUGGCACUCUCGCUGACCUGGACCCCGACGUGGACGAGUAUUUAGUGAGACAAUACACGUGGUGCUUGGUGAGCGCUCUGAAGCACGUGCACGGAAACGGCGUCGUGCACUGCGACGUGAAGGGGAAGAACGUCCUUGUUGGAGACGGAGCCAACGGUCGCAACUGCAAGCUCGCCGACUUCGGCUCGGCGAUGGAGUUCGACGGGGAAGGUCUCCCGGCGGCAUCGCCGCGCGGGAGUCCGCUGUGGAUGGCGCCGGAAGUGAUACGCCGGGAGUGUCAGGGUCCGGCGUCGGACGUUUGGUCGUUAGGUUGCACGAUGAUCGAGAUGCUCACCGGAAAACCGCCGUGGGAGGGGAACGCCAUGGACGCGCUGAGUCGGAUUGGAUUCUCCGGCGACGUGCCGGGGUUUCCGCGCCGGUUAUCGGAGCUCGGCCGGGAUUUUCUGGAGAAGUGUUUGAGGAGGGAGCCGUGGCGGCGGUGGAGCUGCGAUCAACUGCUGGAGCAUCCGUUUCUGUUACCGUGUGGUGUGAUCGUGGAAUCGUCGCCUCGGUGUGUUCUCGACCGAGUUGACUCGGAGUUCGCUGAGUUCGACGAGGAAGAAGAACAGGAAGAAGAAGAAAUAAUAACUGAAAGUGAAAAUUCGGCAAGGGAUAGAAUUGGAAAAUUGGCUACGAGCGUAGGGGUAAAUUGGGAAGCGCCAGGAUGGGUGAUGGUGAGGGAAUUGGCUUUCGAUGCCGAACCGGUGGUGGCUGACAGUUCUGAGAAUGUUAGAGAAGGGUCGAUUUUGGAAAAUUUUGAGAAUUCGAGGGAAGAACGGGGAAUUCAGGAAAGGACAAAUUCGGAAUGUGAAAGCUUGAAAAACGAAAUGGUAAAAUUGGGAAUGUGGUGUUUGGGUGGGAGGCGGUGGUUGUUACAGUACAACCGGCGCAGUGAGUGUGAGUGUGGGUGGGAAAAUGUUGAUAAGAAAAAAAGAAUGAUACUGAAAAUAAACAUUUACAAGUUGUACUUUAAAUUAUUGAAAUCACAUUGUUUCUAUUUGAAGUAUUUAAACAUAUAUUAUUUAUGUUUUGGGGUUAUUUGGGUGGAUUCGUAUUGAUGGCAUU